AUGAUUAUUUGGUAUGAGAUAUUGGGUAAAGUUAAUAUUGUUAGCAAAAGCUUACAAUCUGAAAACAUGCUUAUUGACGUUGCUAUGACCAAGAUUAAGGGGUUAAUUGCUUCUUUUGAAGAGUAUAGAGAAUCUGGAUUUGGACAAGCUAUCAAUACAGCAAAAGAACUUGCUUCAACAAUGGAGAUUGAUCCUGUUUUUCCUGAAAAAAGACAAAUAUAUGGAAAAAGGCAUUUUGAUGAGGUUACAUAUGAGUCUUCGAAACUACCUCAAGAAUCUGCUGAGGAAGCUUUUAGAGUUCAUUAUUUAUUGUUCAUAGUAGAUCAAACAAUUGGGUCAUUGAAGAAAAGGUUUGAGCAAUAUGAGGAAUAUGAAGAUGUUUUUGGAUUUCUUUUCACAGCUGAAAAGUUGAGUUCAUUGAUUGAUGAGGACUUGAAAGCUCGUUGUAAGAAUCUUGAAAGGAAACUACAAAGAAAAAAUGGUACAAGACAAGAUGUUUCAGAUUUGGAUGGAGAUGACUUAUAUCAAGAACUGAAAAUCAUACAACAUAUUCUGCCAAAGGAAACAAAAACAGCAAGUGAAAUACUAAUUUUUUUGCAAAGAAUGAAUUGUUUCCCGAAUUCAUUUAUUGCAUACAGGAUAUUAUUAACUAUUCCGGUGACUGUCGCAUCUGCAGAAAGAAGUUUUUCUAAAUUGAAGUUGUUGAAAUCUUGUUUGAGAUCAACCAUGACCCAAACAAGAUUGAAUGCAUUAGCUAUGAUUUUGAUUGAGAGUGAGUUUUUAGAAAAAUUCAAUUAUGAAAAAUUGAUCGAUGACUUUGCAAAUAAAACUGCAAGAAGAUCAGUUUUUCAUAGUUAA